AAUUUCAGAUCGAACAGAAUAAACUUGCACGUGAAAUGGUGCCUCCCAAGAAAACUCGUGACGCCUCCGUGCUCCCGCUGCACGUUCUCGCGUUCCUAGCACUAGCAGCACUGCUCGGGUCGUCGCCGCGAGCUGCCGCCGCCUCGGCGUCCGUGCAGCUCGAGGCGUUGCUGGAGUUCAAGAAGGGCGUCACCGCCGACCCGCUCGGCGCGCUGUCCGGCUGGCAGAAGAAGGCCGACAGCCGCAACGCCAUUGCCGCCGCCGCCAUCGUGCCGCCGCCGCACUGCAACUGGACCGGCAUCGCCUGCAACAUCGCCGGCCAAGUAACAUCCAUCCAGCUGCUGGAAUCCCAGCUCGAGGGCACGCUCACGCCGUUCCUGGGCAACAUCACCACGCUCCAAGUCCUCGACCUGACCUCCAACGCCUUCUUCGGCCUCAUCCCGCCGGAGCUCGGCCGGCUUCAGUCCCUCGAAGGGCUCAUCCUCACCGUGAACACCUUCACGGGCGUCAUCCCCACAUCACUCGGCGCCUUGACAAGCCUCCAAAUCCUCGACCUCUCCAACAACUCGCUCCACGGAACCAUCCCGAGCCAGCUCUGCAACUGCUCGGCAAUGUGGGCGCUCGGGCUGGAAGCCAACAACCUGACGGGGCAAAUCCCUCCUUGCAUCGGCGAUCUCUCCAACCUCGAGAUCUUCCAAGCCUACAUCAACAGCCUCAGCGGCGAGCUUCCCCGUUCCUUCGCCAACCUCACGAAGCUCACCACGCUCGACCUCAGCGGCAACCAGCUCUCCGGCCGGGUGCCUCCGGCGAUCGGGACAUUCUCGGGACUCAAAAUCCUCCAGCUCUUCGAGAACCGCUUCUCGGGGAAGAUACCACCUGAGCUCGGCAACUGUAAGAACCUCACCUUGCUCAACAUCUACAGCAACCGCUUCACCGGCGCGAUCCCGCGGGAGCUAGGCGGGCUCACGAACCUCAAGGCGCUUCGCGUGUACGACAACGCGCUCUCGUCCACGAUCCCGAGCUCGCUCAGGCGUUGCAGCUCGCUGCUCGCGCUCGGGCUGUCGAUGAACGAACUCACCGGCAACAUCCCGCCCGAGCUCGGGGAGCUCCGGUCGCUGCAAUCCCUGACGCUGCACGAGAACCGGCUGACAGGAACGGUUCCGAAGUCUCUGACGAGACUCGUGAACCUGAUGCGACUCUCGUUCAGCGACAACUCCCUCUCUGGCCCGCUGCCGGAGGCCAUCGGGUCGCUGAGGAACCUACAAGUCUUGAUCAUCCACGGAAACUCGCUCUCCGGCCCGAUCCCCGCGAGCAUCGUGAACUGCACGUCGCUCUCCAACGCGAGCAUGGCGUUUAACGGGUUCUCCGGCAGUUUACCUGCCGGGCUCGGGCGGCUGCAGAGCCUCGUGUUCCUGUCGCUGGGCGACAACUCGCUGGAAGGAACGAUACCGGAGGACCUGUUCGACUGUGUCCGGCUCCGGACGCUGAACCUGGCGGAGAACAAUCUCACCGGCAGGCUGAGUCCCCGCGUGGGCAAGCUAGGCGGUGAGCUCAGGCUGCUGCAGCUGCAGGGGAACGCUCUGUCCGGUUCAAUCCCGGACGAGAUCGGGAACCUGACGAGACUAAUCGGGCUCACGCUCGGGAGAAACAAAUUCUCCGGGCGCGUCCCGGGGAGCAUCUCGAACCUGUCGUCCUCGCUCCAGGUGCUCGACUUGUUGCAGAACCGGCUCAGCGGCGCCCUGCCCGAAGAGCUCUUCGAGCUAACAAGCCUCACCGUGCUCACCUUGGCGUCGAACAGGUUCACGGGCCCGAUCCCCAACGCCGUGUCCAAGCUCCGGGCGCUGUCACUCCUCGACCUCUCGCACAACAUGCUCAACGGCACGGUCCCUGCCGGGCUCAGCGGCGGCCACGAGCAGCUCCUGAAGCUGGACCUCUCCCACAACCGCCUCUCCGGCGCGAUCCCGGGCGCGGCCAUGAGCGGCGCCACCGGGCUGCAGAUGUACCUCAAUCUGUCUCACAACGCGUUCACGGGAACGAUCCCGAGGGAGAUCGGCGGUCUCGCCAUGGUCCAGGCCAUCGAUCUGUCCAACAACGAGCUCUCGGGCGGGGUUCCGGCCACGCUCGCCGGGUGCAAGAAUCUUUACACGCUCGACAUUUCGUCGAACAGCCUCACGGGGGAACUCCCGGCCGGCCUCUUCCCGCAGCUCGACCUUCUCACGACCCUGAACGUCUCCGGCAACGAUUUCCACGGCGAGAUACUUCCGGGCCUCGCGGGGAUGAAGCACCUGCAGACGGUUGACGUGUCGAGGAACGCGUUCGAAGGGCGCGUGCCGCCGGGGAUGGAGAAGAUGACGAGCCUGAGGGAGCUCAACCUCUCGUGGAACCGCUUCGAGGGCCCCGUGCCGGACCGCGGCGUGUUUGCCGACAUCGGCAUGUCUAGCCUGCAGGGCAAUGCCGGGCUCUGCGGCUGGAAGAAGCUCCUCGCGCCCUGCCACGCCGCGGCCGGCAACCAGCGGUGGUUCUCCAGGACAGGGCUCGUCACGCUCGUCGUGCUGCUGGUGUUCGCAUUGCUGCUGCUUGUCUUAGUCGUGGCGAUUCUGGUCUUUGGACACCGGCGGUACAGGAAGAAGAAGGGGAUCGAAUCCGGAGGCCAUGUCUCAUCCGAGACGGCCUUCGUGGUGCCGGAGCUGAGGAGGUUCACGUACGGCGAGCUGGACACGGCCACGGCAUCCUUCGCCGAAUCCAACGUGAUCGGGAGCAGCAGCCUGAGCACGGUGUACAAGGGCGUGCUCGUGGACGGGAAGGCCGUGGCCGUGAAGCGGCUCAACCUGGAGCAGUUCCCGGCCAUGUCCGACAAGAGCUUCCUCACGGAGCUUGCCACGCUGAGCCGCCUCAGGCACAAGAACCUGGCCCGCGUGGUCGGGUACGCCUGGGAGCGCGAGGCGGCCGGCAACGGCAACGGCAACAGGAUGAUGAAGGCGCUGGUCCUCGAGUACAUGGACAACGGCGACCUGGACGCGGCCAUCCACGGCGGCGGCCGAGGCGCUCUGGACGCGCACACCGCGCCGCCAAGGUGGGCGACCGUGGCGGAGCGGCUGCGCGUGUGCGUGUCCGUGGCGCACGGGCUGGUUUACCUGCACUCCGGCUAUGGCGGAUCCCCCGUCGUGCACUGCGACGUGAAGCCGUCCAACGUGCUAAUGGAUGCCGACUGGGAAGCCCAUGUCAGCGACUUCGGCACGGCGAGAAUGCUUGGCGUCCAGCUGACAGACGCGCCGGCGCAAGAGACCGGAACCUCGUCCGCGUUCAGAGGCACCGUCGGAUACAUGGCACCAGAGUUGGCGUACAUGAGGAGCGUGUCGCCGAAGGCGGACGUGUUCAGCUUCGGUGUCCUGGUGAUGGAGCUGCUGACGAAGCGGAGGCCGACGGGAACGAUCGAGGACGACGGCAGCGGCGUGCCGGUCACGCUGCAGCAGCUCGUGGGCAACGCCGUGUCCAUGGGCAUCGAGGCCGUGGCCGGCGUCCUGGACGCCGACAUGUCGAAGGCGGCCACGGAUGCCGACCUGUGCGCCGCAGCCGGCGCGCUGCGGGUGGCCUGCUCUUGCGCGGCCUUCGAGCCCGCCGACCGGCCCGACAUGAACGGCGCGCUCUCGGCGCUGCUCAAGAUCAGCAACGCCUGCGGCCCGGGGAAGACUAGAAUCGAUCACUAGAUCAUAUAAGCCGAAUCGAUCUUAUUCGCAGCAUGGAUUUGCUUGCGUAAUUUCGGUUCCGGUGGGAAGAGGGAAACGGGAAAUUAACUGAAUCUGGCCCAUGCGGCUUGGCCUUUGGAAGGAGCACACUGGUUGCAGUCUCGCCCAUGCUACCUGACGGGCAUGGGCCUCAAGUGGUGCCAAACCAAAGUUUGCGCUUUUGACUGGCUUUCAGCGCUGCGAUGCAAUGCAACAUACCUGUACCUACCUGCGCACAGGCUGUACAUAACACACAGGCUUUGCAGGGGAAUGGAAGCUGAAAGAUUCGGUGAGGUUGUGGGGGCAAUCAAGCAAUCACUGGAUCUAUCAUACAGUGUAUACGAACAAAAGUGCUAGGCUGCUAGCUAGGCCAUGCACGAAUGCAUCAAGCAUGCAUGCACAUGUUGGUGAUGUGAAUUCAUGACUCAGAUGUGGGUGUGUCCUUUGACUUGCCGGCAAUGGCGUCUUGUUGAGCA